GACCCCAACAUGCAGACUGACAAUGGAAAUAAUAAGAGGUUUGCAGAUCCUUCUACACCGUGGGGCGAGGGAAGGCCUGUUCUGAAAGAUUGCCAUAAAAUAUGUUGCACUAAGUUCGGUGGUGAACGAGAGUUCUUCAGACCUAUUUUGUAUGGAUGCCGGCUGUCCUGCUGUAACGUGAAAGACUAUGAAGAUGGCGGAGGCUGUGAUGUAUGUUGUCGCCAGGACCUGGUAACGGCCAAGAGAAGCGGCUUAUCACAAGACAUUGCUGCUGCAAGUUGUGUUAUUCCAGGGUGUGACUAUAACAAGAAGGACUCCUUAACACCAAACUUACCAACCGGUGAAGAAACUGCAGAGGGGAGCAUAGAAGCGGUUCCUGGAUAUAACUAUGACAUGAUUUUUAGAAGCACCUCCAGUGAGGAAGACGCUACAGACGACUUCCCGUAUUAUCGAAGACCUACGAAGUAUAUCACUAGAAACAUCUCCAGUGAGGAAGAAGCCACAGAUGACUUCCCGUAUUAUCGAAACCCUACGAAGUAUACCACCAGUACGUUUACUGAGGAUAUUAAUGAUGAUGUUAAAUCCGUGAUUCUGAAGAGUCGUGAUUACCCCAUUUGGCUACCAAGGGUUGGUAAAAGGGACUUUUCAAACGAUGACAACGAAGCUGUAGGAUGUGCAUGUGGGGGUGUUGAUUGCAUCUGUACGGCAACUACAGAGGUUGAUGAGGACGAUGAUGACGUGGUUGUCUAUUAUGCUAGCUCUGAUGACGGAUAUUAUUCUGCUAACCAAGUUCGUGAGAGCAUGUUGUAA